CCUGCAUUCCCAACUAGACCUUGUCAUUUCUUUAUAUAUCACCUCUUACUCUUAUUCUGAUACAACCCAGGAGCUCCAUCGACCAGCCGAUAACUUGCAUCCUAAGAAAGUAGUACAGAAUAUAGAUCAAUACACAUGGAAUCAUCAACUGGUCCAGAGCUCCCCAGCCAAAUUACAUGCUUCGAGAUACUCCCAAGGCUACCGUCUAAGUCUUUGAUGCGCUUCAAAUGCGUAUGCAAGUCUUGGUCCUCUAUCACCCAAAACCCUUCCUUUGUUGAGGCCCAUCACCACUUUGGACGCAACAAGUACGCACACCUCCUUCUCACCACUUGGGACCAAGCCACAAGCCAGCAACACUUCUUCUCCUCACAAAUCGACCAACAAGGAAGUCUUACACCCGCCACACAUGUUCUAACCCUUCCAACGCUGCGAACCAAUGGAUGUCUCUAUACUGCACAAAGUAUCAAUGGCUUGGUAUGUCUGUACCUUCAAGUAAACCCUGUUCAAAUCAAUCAAGUAAGCUCCGUUCACAAUGCCUCAAUUUCCAAUCAAAUUGGUCAUGGAAACCCCGUUCACAUAUUUAACCCUUGCACACGAGAGUCUAUUGCCCUUCCCAACACUUCAUCCGCAUCUAGCACAACCUACGUUACACAUAAUUUUGGGUUUGUAAGAGGAGAGUCUAUUGCUCUUCCCCACACUUCAUCCGCAUCUAGCACAACCUAUGUUACACAUCAUUUUGGGUUUAGUCCUCUUACAAACAAGUACAAGGUUCUCCAAGUGCAAAAGUUUGUCCGAGCUGGGAGUAUACAUUUUAUGUUCAAUAUAUUCACAUUGGGGAUAAAUUUGUGGAAACGCAUAGAGGCGGACCUUAAUAAUCUCCCUUUUGAUCCUCAUAGCUGCCUGUUUUAUGAAGCAAGCGUGUGCGUCAAUGGGGCCAUACAUUGGAUGAAUGGGUCACAAAAUAUGAUUGUGGGUUUCGACAUUGAAGAUGAAAAAUUUAGUAGAGUGAUCCAACUUCCUAAAGAUUAUAAUCUUUGUAGGGUUUAUCAGUUUAUGGUUGAAGUGGGUGGACGUUUGGCUCUAGGCGACAGGGUGCAGUUGAUGAGGCAAAAUAUAAUGAGGUUAUGGAUUUUGAACGACUAUGAAAAUCAAGUGUGGGUUAAGGAGUCUUUCAAAUUUCCCAUUCAUUGGAGGGAGUUGGGAUACCCUUUACGUUUCUAUACCAUUCACACUGGUGAGCUCCUCGUCCAAUUUCCCAGAUUAAAUACGGACCAGGUCGACCUUGCGUGUAUGAGGGUGCAUCUGUACGACAUGAAGAGUGAAAGUUUUAGGAGUUAUGAGAUUGUUUUGCCCGCAGAAUGGACAUUUCGGAACAAUACUCGGUUGAAGGUACUUACUAGUUAUGAGGAUAGCAUUGUUCCAUUAAGAUGA